GAGGUGAAAGAGAAGAUUGCAACACAGAAACUCACUUGGGAGGAUCACUGAAGCAGCCGGUCGGAGUGAAAACGCAGCGUUAGCAGCGGAAAGUUUACUGUGACUCAGUUUAGCGGAAGUGAGCUCCGGCAAAGUCAGCGUGCGGAGUACAGGUGUCACUUUUUCCUGCAUGGUUGUUAUUUAAACUUAUUUAAACGCUUUGAAGUGGUUUGGAUAGCGGGAAUAAACGUUUUCGUCGGUUAAAGAAAAACAAAAAACAAAGGAGCAACAACAAUGUCAAGCCUCAGACCCAGACUGUGUGUGCUGGAGAAAGGAACAGGCGGCUACGGGUUCCACCUGCACGGAGAGAAGGGCAAGACCGGGCAGUUCAUCAGGCUCGUGGAGCCCGACACUCCUGCCUCCGCGUCCGGGCUUCUCGCGGGCGACCGACUGGCGUUCGUGAACGGGGAGAGCGUGGAGGGCGAGAGCCAUCAGCAGGUGGUCGCCAGGAUACGGGCCACCACCGGGGCGUUAGAGCUGAUCGUGGUCGACGACGAGACGGCCGAGCUGCUGAAGAAACACAACCUGCAGUGCCGGAAAGAAUUCGUGACGGAGGGGAUUCCCCUGCCCGGCGGGGACAGCGACUCAGACCGCGGGGACACACAGAGCAACGGCACUCCGAGGGAGUCCACCCCUGUCCCGCGCGAGAACGGGGACACUUCUUCGGAGAAGUCGGACAGGCUGAGCACCAAGGAUGAGAGCGACGGACUGCGGCCUCGUCUCUGCCACAUGGAGAAGGGAGCUAACGGCUACGGCUUCAACCUGCACAGUGAGAAGUCGAAACCGGGCCAGUACAUCAGAGCUGUGGAUGGAGACUCUCCGGCACACAGAGCUGGUCUCAGACCGCAGGACAAGAUCAUCCAGGUUAACGGCACGUCAGUCAUCGGGAUGCAGCACUCAGAGGUGGUUGCAGCCAUCAAGGCCGGAGGAGACCAGACCAGACUGCUGGUGGUCGACGCUAAGACUGAGGAAUUCUUCAUGAGGUGCAACGUCCUGCCCACUGAGGAGCACGUCACUGGACCUCUUCCUGAGCCAGUGUCAGAGAGAGCAUCAGAGGAGGAAGAGGCAUCGGCACAGAUGAAGCCUAAAGUGUCCGUGAGCUCAUCAGCCUCCAGUGCCUCCUCCAACGCCUCCCUGCCAGCAGCGACUACCAGCUCCCCACCUGCAGAGGUUGAGAAGGCCCCGGAGCCGGCCCCAGGAGCUGACACCCUGGGUCUGAGUAUGUCACUGGCUCAGGCCAAAGAAAGAGCCCAUCAGAAGCGAGCCGCCAAGAAAGCCCCACCCAUGGACUGGAGCAAGAGGAACGAACUGUUCAGCAACUUGUAAACAUCACCUCCUCCUCCUCCUCCUCCUCCUCAUCAUCAUCAUCAUCAUCAUCAUCAUCAUCAUCAUCAUCAUCAUCAUUCUUCUUCUUCUCCUCCUUCAGUUGCAUCUCCUCCAGGCUCGUCUGUCCUGUCCUCUGGUGGAGAACCCACAGAGAUAAUCAGCGUCUGGUCUCCGGAUUUGGUUUCUUACCUUAUCACACUGCAAAUGAAAGACAGUGUUCAUGUAGAACAUUUUAAACUCCUGUGUUAAACAGUAUUAUUUGAUGAUUUUAAUGUUUUAAUUUAGGAUUUUUGCCACUUUUGAGAUAUCUACGUCACACACAGGAAUGAAUGUUAAUAUAUAAAGAAGAUUGUUUGACAGAGGAAGAAUAGUAAUGUACAGUUUCUCAUAAGAAAAGGACCAUGUCAAGAAUAAUGGGGCACAGGGAAAGAUAAAUCACUGUGAGAUUUUCUGUCAAGAUUUUAAAUCUACAGUUUAAAUGUCUGAAAUCAGCAACUAGAAUUAAAGAAUGUCUCUUUCCUCAGUAUGUGUGAAUGAACAGUGCUGAGUAACUCUGCUGAGCCCUCACUGCCAAAAUAACCAUUCCACGACAAUCUGCUUUCCUAUCGAAACAGCGUUCGAACGCUGACGGCGUGUUGAACUCUGAACACGGCUGAAGGGACUGCACAGCCUGUAAGAACCAGGAAAGCUCUGGUAGCCUCAGAAACAAGCUUCGAUGUUUGUCCAGUCGUCUUAGCCUCCAGGGUUUCUGUCAUCAUGAUAUAUACGAUUCAAUGAAAUUAUUUUUUCAUGUUGCUCUUGUUAGAGUUGUACAUACAUGAGUAAAUGAUUUAAGGGGAAACUUUUACGUGAAGCUCCUUGGUAUGUUUUGUUGACUCUGCAGUGAUUAUCAGCUACAGGUGAACUAACGGCUCUGCUGUGGACUGUACCGAUGAGCACUGACAAAUAUAACAUUUGGAUCAAACUGAACUGAGCCUGUUUUGUAUUGUACAUUCUAGACUUUGGAAACAUCAUCAGUAAAAAUCUUAAAGCUGCA